CUCUUCCAACUAUUUUCGGUUUCGGUUUGUUGAUCGCAACGCCGCAAAAUUUAAUAUGCUGAAAACGAGAAAAGACAGACACGCUCAGGAAGCGCUAAUAAAGUGCAGUAACGACGAUUCGACGCCAUCCAUCUCUGUCAUUCGCGACAGUUGGACUGACAUGACAUGCGGCUGGUUGGCGGUGAGACCAUUACCUUUAUACGAACUCAGAAGUUCAAAGAAAAGCUUUGAAUGGAGGCAGAAAAAUAGAGAAAUUACAAUCAAAGACCAGAGAAGAGGAGGCAUUGAUUCAACACGGCGUCUAGUCACUGUAGGUAUCAGUAAACAACGAGAUUGGCGGGGUGACCGUCCGUCAAAGAAGAUGAACAUUGUAAAUGGGACGAUUUUGGGACCGUUGACGAAGGUAACUCCGGCUCAACGACAACUACAACACGAUAAUUUUGCGAGAAUAGCUUCUGGAGACUCUACUCUGAACGUUAACGUUAGGAGGAACGAGGAGUUUCGUUCAUUGAAAGAAAGGAGAGAAAGGGAGUGGUUGCCGGUGACAUCACAGACAAGUAACUUUGCUCUUGAUGAGUCGAGACUUAUUGUACAUAGACGCGGGGAUGUUGAUGCAACAACAACGGAGGGUGACAACAGUAUUGGUAUGGGUUCAAACUUGGGUCAUGUUGGACUACUGGUUAGAAGACUAAUGCCAAGCGGCCAAAUCAUUAGAAAUUUGUUGUAGAGCUAAACUUGCAUACUCACAAUUGUUAA